GUGAAAUGCCGACUGAAAAUUCCCUCUUUCAAAAGUAAAACCCUAAUUCAAAUGAUUCUUCUUCGCAGGCUUAAUAAACCUUCUAAAACUGUAGCAACACCGAUCAACGAUGCUACCGCCCGUCACUUAAGAACCCAAACCGCAGAUUCAGCUCCCUCGUCGGCCAAAUACGACGACCUAAUCAACGCCGCCGGCCGCCGGGGAGACUUCGCCGCCGUGAGCGACCUCCUCUCGCGUCGCCUGACGGUCGGCUGCCUCAACACCAGCAACACGUUCAAAUUCAUCGCGACCAGCACCGCAGCGCUCGACGAGCUCCUCCGGAGCCUCGGCGCCGUGGACGACUGGUUCGCAAGGAAGCACGCGCACGACGCGCUGGUCGCGCAGCUCGCGCGUCUGCACCGCGCCGCCGACGCGCUGCGCGUUGCGGAGACGAUGGCGCGGCGGAGCUACGGCGUCACGGCGGCGACGUUCGACCCGAUCGUCAACGCGCUCGCGAGGAGGAAGGAGAUGGCCGCCGCGUGGCGCGCGAUGGACGCGAUGCGCGAGUGCGGCGUGCGGCCGAGCGCGGCGUCGUUCAACUACAUCCUGAUGGGGUACUGCUUCGUCGGCGACGUGGCGUCCGCGGCCGACACGGUGGACAGAAUGGAGGCGGAGGGGGUGAAGGUGGAGGCAAUGACGUACGACGCGCUGGUGCUAGGCGCGUGCAGGGCGGGGAGGGUGGAGGUGGCUCUGGCGGUGGUGCGGAGGGCAGUGGAGAGCGGAGUGGCGGCGCUGUUCUCGACGUAUACUCACAUCAUAGGGGAAAUGGUGCGGCGCGGGUAUUACGAGCAGGCGGCGGAGUUCGUGAGGAUUUUCGCCGGAAAAAAUGAGAAAUUGGACGCGGAGAUUUAUGGAUAUCUGGUGCGGCGGUUGAAGUAUAAGAAAAGAAUAGGUGAGGCGAAAUCGUUGGCGGAGGAGAUGGAUCAAACAUUGCAAUCUGUAGAAGAGGAUUAAGGGCUAAUGACUGCAUUUUUUCUCUAGUUAAUUAAUGGAGUAUUA